GCAAGCAACCAGGGCCCUCCUGCACUCUACACACACACACACACAUGGCAGAAGUGCCAGGGCGUGAGCAGGCCACGUCGAGCGAGUCGCUCCAUGACGUGGUCGCCCACCCGGCGGGCCUCUCCAUUAACGCAGCCCUUCCUCCGAGCCUCUCCAUCAACGCGGCGGCUGACAGCUUUGAAAUGGGGCGCGACACUCGGCACCAUUGAUGUCACCAAUGCGGUAUGCAGUAGAUGACUCGAUCCAGCCAGUCCAUCCGGACGUGGUUGUGGCGCUCUCCACAGUCCGCGCCGGCAUUGCCAGCGGCGUCCAGCCGACCAGGGUCUCGCAGGGCUCGUCAGGCUCGUACUUUGUCCGCGACGCCAGCAACACCAUUCGGGCCAUCUUCAAGCCAAGGACGAGGAGCCGUACGGCGACCGAAACCCCAAGUGGAUGAAGUGGCUGCACAAGACGCUCGCUCCUUGCUGUUUCGGGCGGGCGUGCCUCAUUGCCAACCAGGGCUUUGUCUCGGAGGCUGCGGCGUUUGUGGUGGACGAGGCGCUGGGCCUCGACAUCGUCCCGCCGACCAACCUCGUCAUGCUCGCCUCGCCGGUCUUCAACUAUGGCCAGCAGUACGAGAACGGCAUCCGCCAGCCGCUCUCGCUCUCACCCAAGAUCGGCUCAUUCCAGCUGUUUGUCAACGGCUACGUCGAUGCGCAGACCUUUCUCGACACCCACGCCGAGGCCCUCGCCGAUCCGACCUCCCCGCUCGCGCGUGCCUUCCAGGCCCAGUUUGAGCGGCUGGUUAUCCUCGACUACAUCAUCCGGAACACCGAUCGCGGAACCGACAACUGGCUUGUCCGCGUCGACGACGCCAUGUCGGACGCGCCGCGUGUCGCCAUCGCCGCCAUCGACAACGGCCUCGCAUUUCCUUUCAAGCACCCUAACGGGUGCCGGACAUAUCCCUACGCCUGGGCCUCUCUUCCGCAGGCUGCCCUUCCGUUCUCGGACACGCUUGCCGCCGAACUCGAGCCGAUCCUCCACGACAACAUGAAGUGGGACUCGACUGCGGCUGCGCUGCGCGACGUCUUUGAGCUCGACACCUCGUACGACGACGAGUCGUUUGAGCACCAGAUGCAGGUCAUGCGCGGCCAAAUGGUCAACGCGCUCUCGGCGCUCAUGGCCAGGCUCUCCCCGCUGGACUUGCUGGAGCGCCCACCGAUCACCGUGGAGCACGACAUUGUUGCGGGCGGGUGGACCGAGCCGCAACUCGCCGACGCCAUCGCCUGCUUUUCGGGCUGGUGACGAGGAGCAUUGAAUCGACCGCCUCCUUGCAUGCGGUUUUACUGCGACUGCGCAAACUGCUGGACCAUGGCCUGCAGCCGCUGGAGCGGCGCGCCCUGGCGGCCAACCUCGGACGGCGACGACGAGAGCAUGAGCUGGCCGACGACUUGCUGCCAUGAGCCGCCCUGGUUGAAGAGUGAGGCCAGCCAGUCGGCAGUCAUCUGCUGCGAGGUGAGCGAGCCCAUGCGGAUGAGCAUGCGGAGGCAGCCGAUGAGCGUCGGCCGGUGGGUCGUGAGCGAGUCCAUAAUGAGGCCCGGGACGAGGAGGAAGAGCUCCUGAAGAACGCCGACGGUCUCGCCGCAAACCUCGUCAUCGCAGAGGCCGACAAAGACGUACUCGUGAAGGACGGACCAGACGCGCGACCACUCGGAGACCGCGCUCGAAUCGAGCGAGCGGGCCUCGGUCCGAACGGCGGCGCGGAGAACAGCCAUGUGCUCGCGCUCGAGGUUGUCGAGGCCACGCUCCUGGGUGAGGAGUACGAUGGCGUUGGCGAUGACCAGCGGGCUCCAGGUGUGGACUGGCGGCGGGAGUGUGUAGUCUUGGACGCAAAGACUAUGCGAGGCGACGACAAACGGGACCGCCUCGGCCCGGAUGAGCGAGUCGCGGAGCGGGUGCGGGAGCGAGAGAAGAACGAGGACGUAGUGGAGGCCGAGUGAGGGGUG